AUGUUUUAUUACUUACUAUUAUCAAUUCCGCUGCUACGAGUCUCCGGCGAGCAUAUCGUCGGACCGCCCAACUUGAAAUUGCUCGAAUGUUUCGAAUACAAAAAGAACUACUGGAUCGUUGGGCAUGCCUUCCACACGUCGUCGGUGCAGUUCAAAGAUGAAUGCCUUCGGAUGUGUUUGACGUCAGCAAUAAGGAAAGCGAAAUGUCUGUCAGCGAUGCAUAUUCCGAAUGACGAUGAAUGUGUAAUAUCCGAUCAGAAUCAGCUCACAAAACCGGAUUUAUUUGUGGAAAAUGAUUCGCCAGCCUCAUUCACAGUCAACUAUUUUCGAAAUAUCUGCAUCGAUCCACCUGAGAAUGAUGGAGCUCGUCGACUCGAAGUCCGACUUCACGGAUCCCAAGGGCAAGGAUUACUCGAAUUCUCGCAACAAGCCGGCAAACGGAUGAUGGUUAUGGUUGUGAUCUCCGGACUUCGCGAGAAUUCCGCAUACGACGUCGAAUUGAUCGAUGGUUUGACUAGGAUAACAUCGUGCCAGAAGAUCAAAAAUCCCCACGGAAAGAAGAUUCUCACAGUCGAUACCGAUAACACUGGAAUGGCUGUCCAGCCAUGGAUUCAUAUCGACAAUUUAAGCCUUUUCGAUGAAGACAUCAAUGAUAAACUAGUAGCUGUCAUCGACAGAUCAACAAAACUCGUAGUUGAUUGUGGCCGGAUCGAUCAAAAUCCCGAAAAUCUUGUUUCAUCAGCUUCAUCUUCAUUUUCUUAUAUUGUUACGGGGUUUCUUGCUUUUUUCUACUUUAUGUUUUAA